UGAGGCUCCCGACCAAAGGUUUGCUCUUGCCUAACUCAGGCCUGUUGUCAUUCGCUCUGUGUCUCAGCUGGCUUGUGGACCGACGGGGGAUCUCUGCUCCAAUGAGCCACACAGCACCGAGUAAAAUGGACACAGACUGGGGCCUGACGCUGUUGCUGGUGCUGCUCCUCUGCCACAGAGGCGGCGCCGAGUCCUUCCCAGCGUGUCCGUACAGAUGCCAGUGUUUCACCCCGGCCCAGGUCAUGUGCGCCGACGAGCGGAUGUCGUACCUGCCCGGCGACGUGUCCGCGGAGGUGAGGGACCUGACGGUGAUGACGUCGUCGCUGGCCUACCUGUUCCCCCACACGCUGGCCGGGAGCCCCCAGCUCACCAGGCUCGUCUUCCUCAACAACAUCCUGCGGAGCGUCCACGCGCACGCCUUCGUGAACCUGACUCAGCUGCAGGAGCUGGAGAUCAGCGGGAACCCGUGGCUGGAGCAUCUACACCUGGGCACGUUUUCCAUGCAGGGAAACCUGACUCAGCUGCUGCUGAACUUCAACAAGUUCCAGACUCUGCUCCCCGGCAUCUUUGACUCCUUGAAACAGCUGGAGAGUCUGCAGAUGAGGGGCAACGCCAUCGCCAUCCUGCCGGCGUUUCUCUUCCAGAAUCUCCACAACCUGCGCAUCCUGGACUUGUCCCAAAAUAACCUGCAGGAGGUACAGAUAGAGACUUUCACUGGUCUGGCUGCAGUAGCGAUCCUAAAACUGAACAAUAACAACAUUAGCAAUCUCAAGCACGGCACGUUUCACAACCUUUCUCACCUGGAAGAGCUUCACCUGGGGUGGAAUAAAAUAUCACAGCUUGAUGAUGAUAUUUUCUCCGUCUUGACCAAACUAAAAGUGCUAAGUCUCCGUGGGAACCUCCUGACAACCUUCAGCGGUAAAGUGUUUGGAUCUGAGGCCCCGAAUCUGAAGGAGCUGAACCUGAAAGGCAACAAACUGACGGAGCUGUCGUCCCUCGGCCGCCUGGCGUCGCUCACCGACCUGAUCCUGGCCUCCAACCGGCUCUCCAACCUUUCUGAGGGCGUCUUCGGCAACGUCACGCUGCUGGAGCGUCUGGACCUGUCUGAGAACCGGCUCGCCUUUCUGCCCGAGCGCAUCUUCAGCGAGCUGCGCGGCAUGAAGGCGCUCCACCUGCACGGGAACAACAUAAGCGAGGUGGGCGCCGGCCUGUUCCGGGACCAGAGCGCCGUGGAGCAGCUGUACCUGUCCGACAACCGGCUGGAGGCGCUCCCCCCGGGGCUGUUCGACCCGUUCGACGCGCAGCCCACCGUGAGGCUGCACGGGAACCCCUGGAGGUGCGACUGCCGCAUGUGGCACCUGCACGACUGGGUGCUGAGGAACGGCGAGGUCAUCGAGAUGCCGGACAGGGUGAUGUGCAGGAGGCCCGAGUAUUUGAGGGGCCGGCCAGUCGCAUCUAUUGACAAGGAGCAGCUCGUGUGUCCGGUGCCUCGAGGAGAGACGGUGGACGCGAGCGGCUGCAGCCUGCAGGCGUCCGGGGACAUGAUGGUCGUCACCUGUAAGGUGCACAAAUGCUCCCCUUUCACGGUCAAGGUCCAGUUUCAGGGGGAUGCGGGCAACAUUCAGGAGCACGUCAUGAAAAAUGUCCCCGAACCGUCUUUUUGUAGCAAUGAAACAACCUCCAAACCCCCAGUUCACUAAUUUAUCGCCGUUCAUCAGACUUUGCUCUGAGUGCAAAUACUGUACUUCCUUGCGUAUUUGUUUUGCUUCACACUAAGAGACGCAUCAUAGAUUCUGACCGUUAGAAUCAAUACUGUAAACAAACCUCCAGCUCAGCAGCCGAUGACCAGUUAGAGGAGUAGACGAAGCCAUUAAGGUCAAAGGUCAACCCACAAAUUUUUAAGAUGCCUUCAUAAACCAUGAGCAACAUGUUAAUCUUCUGUGAAAUGUGUCAAAUUAUUAAAAAUAGAUAUAAAUAUAAAUAUAUAUAUGUGUGUAUAAAUAAAUAAAUAAAUAUAUAUAUUCUACGCUCAUCAACAUUUA